AUGACCGAAGUACCCAUUUACCACCUCGAGGAGAAAGAAUACGACGCGCCUUAUUAUCAAAUCCGUACCGAUUACGAAGACAACUUCUUCAACUCCAACACUCCACUCGUCAUUGACAAUGGAUCGUACCAGUGUCGUGCAGGCUGGGCCACACAAUCGAAUCCAGCAUUGAUCUUUGACAGUGUUGUUUCAAGGUACAAGGAUCGUAAAGCCAAUGUCAAUAUGCUCGCUGUUGGUAUGGAUGCCUACGCGGAUCCUGCAGGCCGAUCCAACGCACGAUCACCUUUUGACGGCAACGUUGUGUGCGACUUUGACCGUAUGGAAACCAUGUUGGAUUACAUCUUCACCACCCUCGGCAUCACUACCGAUAGUAUCAACCAUCCCAUCGUCAUGACAGAACCUGUUUGUGUUCCGCAAUUGAGCCGCAAACAAAUGAGUGAGCUCUUGUUUGAAGCAUACAAUGUUCCAUCAGUUAUGUUUGGUAUCGAUUCACUAUUCAGCUUUUACGCCAAUGGUGGUAUGCGGGAUACGGAUGGUGAUGAAGCCGAUAUCGUUGUCUCUGCAGGACAUAGCAACACACACAUUAUUCCUACGUUACAUGGCAAAGGUCUUUUGGAAAGGACGAAGCGCAUUUCGUAUGGUGGCACACAGGCAACCGAUUACAUGCUCAAGCUUAUGCAACUCAAAUAUCCGACGUUCCCCACGAAAAUGACAAACACACAGGCACAGGAUUUGGUGCACUCUCAAGUCAUGGUCGCUGAUGAUUACCAAGACGCUUUGAAAAAGAUCGAGAAUCGAGAUACGUUUGGAGAGUUUGAUCGCAUCGUGCAAUUCCCAUAUACGCCACCGGUGAUUGAGGAAAAGACUGAGGAAGAAUUAGCUCGACAAGCAGCUAAAAAGGAGGAGAAUGCGCGUCGAUUACGGGAGGCUGCUGCCAAGUCUCGGUUGGAAAAGCUGGUGAGACGAGAACAAGAAUUUGAGGCAUUCACAGAACUCAAGAAUUCGAGAGCUAUCAUGAACAAAAAAGAAUGGAUGGCUCGAUUAAAAGAAGCAGGCUUCAAGGAUGAGGCUGAUCUCGAUGACACCAUCAAACAAACGGAUGCUGCUAUUCAACGAGCAAGGAAUAAAGAAUUGGGCAUUGAAGAGAAUGAAGAAAAGGGACCCCCUGUUACCACGCUUAUCGACAUUCCUGAUGAUGAACUAUCUGAAGCGGAGAAGAAGGAAAAGAGGAAACAGAAGCUGAUGAAAGCCAACUAUGAUGCACGAGAACGGGCUAAAAAGGCAAAGGAGGAAGCCAAAGCGAGAGAGGAGGAGGAAGCAAGAUUGGAAGAAGAAAGACGAUUACGGGAUCCUGAGAAAUGGAUUGCAGAAGUGAAGCAAAAGCGUCAGGGUGUGGUUGACAGGAUCAAAAAGAGAAGACGUUUGAAUAUGGAAUUGGCCGAUCGUCGAAGCCGAGCAUCCCAACUGCGUAUGCGAUCCAUUGCUAAUCUUGCAAGUGAUACCCCUACUGGUAAACGUCGAAGGAGAGGUCAGGAAGAGGAUACAUUUGGUGCUGACGAUGAAGAUUGGAUGAUCUACCGAGAAAUCAGUCGUGAAGAUGAAUCGGAUGAAGAAGAAGAGGAUUUAUCAAUGUUGAACCAAUACGAGUCCUUGCUGCUUCAAUACGAUCCCGAUUUCUUGCCAGAGCAUUCCUUUGAAGCUACAUCCUCGCCAACCAACACGCUUAUGCAUCUACUUGCACGUGGUCAAUAUCCUCCUUACGAUCCUACCGAUGUCGGCCAAAUGCAUCAACUCCAUGUCAAUGUUGAACGCGUACGAGUGGGCGAGGUGCUUUUCCAGCCAAGCAUUGUUGGAUUAGAUCAGGCUGGCCUGGUGGAGACUAUGCAUGAUAUUGUUAGAACCUUCAAUCCCGAUCGUCGUAUGCAAACUGUCAAGACAAUCUUUGUUACUGGUGGCUUCAGCAGUUUACCUGGUUUCUCGAAUCGCAUCUUUACAUCAUUACGAGCCAUCCUUCCUGUUGGUGCAAGCUUCCAAGUCAAACGUGCUGAAAAUCCAUUGUUGGAUGCAUGGAAAGGAGCUGCAAUGAUAGCAAAAGAGUCUGGCUAUAAACAAUACGCUGUUACUCGUCAAGAAUACGAAGAAUAUGGAGGAGAAUAUAUCAAGGAACAUGGUUUAGGCAAUGUAUUUCGGUAG